UCCCCGCAAUUUAGAUAUCGGCCUUCUCCGCUCUCCUGCAGAACCCUGCAAUAGCUUUCCUGUCCAUCACCUGUCUGUCGUCUGGGCAGUCACCCGUCAUCUUGUCAGUCACCUGUCAGCACAGCAAGCUCUGACUACCCCGUGCUAGAAAUAAGAUCGGUUCCUGGACUAGUACACCUGGUAACCACGCUAUGAAUUGUUGCUCAUAAUCAUCUCAUCCUGCUAGCAUUCACCUUAUCACCAAACAAUAUCUUGAUCCACCAGGACACUACCAACGCUUCAAUGGCCCCCUCUAUAGUUCACCUCCCCAAUGGACAGAAUAUUACUGUGACUCCGGUCUUCGGGGGUCUCUUUUUCAAGCCAAAUGAUCUGCUAAAUCAUCCUCGAUCGCCGUUCCCACCUGGCUGGACCAUUAUCAUCCACUCCGAAGACGAUGUCAACCCGGAGCAAUCCGGCAUGAGCAGUGAUCCAGACGCCUCAUCAGCUACAGAAGAGGGUCACAUCCAAAAGAUAAGACACCAUGUCCACCGCUUCAGAAAACCCACCCUGCAAAACGACCAUCUCUACAUCUCCUCGAUAUCCAACCCCAGCGCGAGCGAGUUCAAACCCGCUGCAUCGCCCACGCGACAGCUCGCCAUGAUGCUCUGGGCGACAUUGUACUGGUACUUCCACCAAACGGAGCCUGACCUACACAUGACAACCAAUGCCUCAAAGGACACAGCCGAACAUGGAAAACCAAAGGGAGAAUGGAAAAUCACCAUCAACCGGGAAGGCAUAUUCAAAGGAAGAGUCGUGCUCCCUAAGCUCGAACGCAUGGGCCUGAUAGCCAGCGAGGACUCGAGCGUGGGAAUUGCAAACGAAGAGAAUUCCCCCGAGGGUUGGACCAAUAUGUUCGUCAGUAGGAGGUCGUUCUGGCAAAUGGAUCCACGAAUCUAUCUCUUCACGCUCUCCCCAAUGCCGCAGUCUCCAUAUCCAUUAGACUCUCCAUAUCCCUCGCGACCAUGCUCGCCCGUCCGAGGUGAAUCGCAGCAAGCGAAAGACAGCUCUGGAGAUCAACUAUCUCCAGGCCUUUGGGCCCCUACAGCCCCUGGUCCCUUCCACUCGACUAGUCACCUCCCGACCUACUUCCCACCGGCGCCCCCGCAAUACACUUUUUCCAACCACGUCCGACACCCUAUCCGUCCCAAGCCUCCUCGGCAGGGCGAAGUGUUCUACACACGCUUCAUCCCGAGUGUGGGCCAAUACCUAUCGUUCCGCGUGGCGUCACUGUCCACGAAGCCGCCUCGACACCAAGGACCUACAUCCCUCAACAUGUCAUCCCCAAGGAACUCCAUGAACACCAUCGCCUCCACCGACUCGAUACUCCCAACGAUCGCCUCUCUGAACCUCGCUGCUGCCGGCGGUAACGCCCCUACCAGCAGCAUCGCCAACGGGCCCAGCGAUCUCGAAUACAUCCACAAGUGGAUGAACGAGCCGCGAGUUUCGCACUUCUGGGGCCAAUCUGGCCCCCAAUCGCACCAAGAGGAAUGCCUCAAAUCCGUGCUGCGCUCCAAGAACUGCUUCCCCGUGAUCGGAUGUUGGGACGGUAAGCCCUUCGGCUACUUCGAGAUCUACUGGGUGAAGGAGGACGACGUAGGCAGGCACGUCCCCGGUGCGGGCGACUACGACCGUGGGUUCCACUGCCUCGUCGGAGAGCAGGAGUUUAGGGGCCCCCACAGGGUGAAGGUCUGGAUCAGCGCGCUGGUGCAUUACUGUUGGACAGCGGACCUCAGGACAGAGUCCGUCAUGUUGGAGCCUAGGGUCGACAAUGCAAAACUCAGAGACUACCUCGUCGCAUCAGGCUUCUACAAGGAGCGAGAGAUCAGCCUACCCCACAAGCAAUCGAACCUGAUGAAGAUACGUCGGGAUGCAUGGCAAGGCCCCGCCCUUUGAAACGUGACGCGUUUACAAUUUGAGUCCGUCGCUAAGAGAAUGUAUGCAUGAUAUU